UGACAACGGGCGGGGCUGCGGGCGGCGCCGCGUUCACGCCCUCUGCUCGGCCGGGCCGGGAGGGUCCUCGGCCUCUGUGCGCGCCGGGCCGGGCAGGCUGAGGCGCACGGGGCGGACGCGGCGCCAUGCACGGCCCCCCUGCUUGGCCGCUGCGGCUGCUCGUGUGGCGAAGCCCGGCCGCCAGAACGUGGGCCCCGGGCGCCCGUGUCCCGGGGCCCCGGCCGCAGGUGACGGGCCUUUGGCCGGCGCGGCCUUGGGGCGCGGGGCCGCGGCUCCUCGGGGAUGCCGGAGCCGCGCGAGGCCCGCGCCGCUGGACUAGCGGCUACCCGGGCGGGGGUCCCCGCGGCCCCGGGGGCGGAGCAGGCCUCGCGCGGCUCCUGGGGCUGUGGGCGCGGCCCCCCGGCGCCUGCAGGUGCUGGGGGCUCGCCGGGCCCGGCGCUGCGCGGCUCCCGCGCGCCGGGCUCCCGGGCGGCCCAGCAGUGGCCGCCCGGGUCGGGGACGAGGCCAGGCAGCGCGGGCCGGCUUUGCCUGCGGCCGCGGCGACUCCCGGAGACGACUCGCGAAUGCGCUCCCCGGCGGCCAGGCGUUCGGAUGCCCGGAAACUUCUGGGGCUGGCGUAUCCGGAGCGCGGGAGGCUGGCAGCCGCAGUUGGGUUUCUGGCCAUGUCCAGUGUCAUCACCAUGUCCGCUCCCUUCUUCCUGGGGAGGAUCAUCGAUGUCAUUUACACAAACCCCACCGUGGACUACAGCUAUACCCUGACCCGCCUCUGCCUGGCGCUCAGCGGCGUGUUCCUGUGCGGUGCUGCUGCAAACACUGUUCGCGUCUACCUCAUGCAGACUUCAGGUCAGCGCAUUGUGAAUAGGUUGAGGGCUUCGUUAUUCUCCUCUCUUCUGAGGCAGGAGGUUGCUUUCUUCGACAAGACUCGCACUGGAGAAUUGAUUAACCGCCUCUCCUCGGACACCGCACUCCUGGGGCGCUCAAUUACCGAAAACCUGUCGGAUGGGCUCAGGGCCGGGGCCCAGGCUUCCAUUGGCAUUGGCAUGAUGUUUUAUGUCUCACCUCAACUGGCCACUUUUGUUUUGAGUGUGGUGCCUCCAAUAUCCAUCCUUGCUGUGAUUUAUGGACGUUACCUACAGAAGCUAACCAAAGUUAUGCAGGAUUCCCUGGCACAGACCACUCAGCUAGCUGAGGAAAGUAUUGGAAAUAUAAGAACUGUUCGAGCUUUUGGGAAAGAAAUAACAGAAAUAGAGAAAUACACCAGCAAAGUGGACCACGUGAUGCAGUUAGCAAGGAAAGAGGCGUUUGCUCGGGCUGGCUUCUUUGGAGCAACGGGGCUCUCCGGGAACCUGAUUGUGCUUUCUGUCCUGUACAAAGGAGGGCUGCUGAUGGGCAGUGCCCACAUGACCGUGGGUGAACUCUCUUCCUUCCUAAUGUAUGCUUUCUGGGUUGGAUUAAGCAUUGGAGGGCUGAGCUCUUUCUACUCGGAGCUGAUGAAAGGGCUGGGUGCCGGGGGACGCCUUUGGGAGCUCCUCGAGAGAAAGCCUGAGCUGCCUUUUGACGAAGGGGUCGUUUUAAACCAGGAAAGUUUCCAGGGCACCCUGGAGUUUCGGAACGUGCAUUUCGCCUACCCCGCUCGCCCGGAGGUGCCUAUAUUCCAGGAUUUCAGCCUUUCUAUCCCGUCAGCGUCGGUCACGGCGCUGGUUGGCCCAAGUGGUUCUGGCAAAUCAACGGUGCUGUCCCUCCUGCUGAGGUUGUAUGACCCCAUUUCUGGAACUAUCAGUCUCGAUGGCCAUGAUAUCCGUCAGCUAAAUCCAGUCUGGCUGAGAUCCAAGAUUGGGACAGUGAGUCAGGAACCAGUUUUGUUUUCUUGCUCAAUUGCUGAGAACAUUGCUUAUGGUGCGGACGACCCCUCCUCGGUGACUGCCGAGCAGAUAGAAAAAGUGGCUGAUGUAGCCAAUGCAGGUGCUUUCAUCCGGAAUUUCCCCCAAGGAUUCAACACUGUGGUCGGAGAAAAGGGCGUUCUCCUCUCAGGUGGCCAGAAACAGCGGAUUGCAAUUGCCCGUGCUCUGCUUAAGAAUCCCAAAAUCCUUCUCCUAGACGAAGCAACCAGUGCCCUGGAUGCUGAAAACGAGUACCUUGUGCAAGAAGCUCUAGACCGACUCAUGGAAGGUAGGACGGUGUUGAUUAUUGCCCACCGUCUGUCCACCAUUAAGAAUGCGAAUACGGUGGCUGUUCUUGACCAAGGAAAGAUCACAGAACGUGGGAGACAUGAAGAACUUCUUUCAAAACCCAACGGGAUAUACAGAAGAUUAAUGAACAAGCAAAGUUGAGUCCGCAUAAAGAAGUAGUUACCGAUGAAGUGAACGCGAGAGACUUUAGGGCGGAACAUGGUCACAGGAAUAAACGAACUUAGAGAGGAUGUGAAAUCUGGGAGUCACACUGCAAGUUAUCUUAAGUAUGCCUGUUUUUUCCCAGGGUGGGUAAAAUAUUGUUUUGAGAUGCACCUGUUCUCAAGACCUUUUUAUUCAGAGUUUUAAUCACGGUAACUUUCUAAAUGUCUCUAGCACUGAGAUUAUUUUCAGGUGUUUUACUUUCUUUUAUCUUGGAAUACUUUAGUUAAUAUAACGUGGCACCUCAUUUGUUUUUUCUUACCUGCCAUUACAGAUUGAAACUAUUGUCACAUGACAAUUUUUAAAAGGGGAUUUUAAACAAAAGGCUUAAUUAUUUUAGGUGAGUUUUCCAAUCACUGUGUAAUCCUCUCGGUAGUAUUCUACCUCCUUUGUGUCUAAUUUUACUAGAAGAUGAAAAUCUUCCCUUUUUUUUUUAAUUCUGGUAAUCUCAUGAAGUGAACCUCACAUACAGACCUACAGAAAUCAUAAACAUCACAUGACAAGAUGGGAACGUUUACAUUCCAUACUUCCUGUAUUUUCAGAGGUAUGAGAGUUUAGGAAUAUGUGUCCCUCUGGGAUGAGACUGUUUGAAUGUGUGUGGCUUUCAAAAUCCUUAGCACGCGAAAGCCUGAUGAGUUUUAGAAAGGGUUAAGAAGCCCAUCCUUUGAAUAAGAAAACUUCUAUUUUCAUUAUUCACGCAUUUGUUACUGUGGGAAGUGAGGCAUGAACUUCCAGGUAUUAUUAAGAGGUAAAAAUGAAUUCUACGUUGAAGUUACCCAAAGGCAUGUAUUUUGACGAUUAUCUUUAAAAAAUGUAUAAUUCCUAACCAAAUGUUACUUUUCAUCAGUUAAAUACAUUUGAAAUUUCACUCAAUGAGGCAAAAACCUAAAUAAUUUUCAACCUUAAAACAUUUGAAAAAAGCUUAGUUCUUUCUAUUCUGUACAACGUCAUGAAACGUUAAGAACUUGUCACUCUUCUAAAAAGAGGACAAUAGUCAUUUUUAUUUAUGGUUAUAGUUUUAUGCACCCAAAUGCCUUGGAACUCAUAAAGCAAUGCUGAGAGCCGUUAGAUUUGCCAUAUUUCAAACCAGUGCUGUUAAUUUGCUGUUGCCUCAAGAAAAAGUGUUUUUUUUUUACAUUGACGAUGCCAGAAUCUAAGAAAUAACUAUGUUGAUGUCAUGAAGAUAGAGGUUUUCCCUUGUUCUACAUAUUUAUUAGUUCACUGAUUAUACUGGAAGGAGAGAUCACUAUUUCAUGAUAAGCAGAGUGUUAGAUUUCAUUCUACAUAAAGGAGUUUAUUAUUAAAUAAAGUGAACUCAGUGAAUGAACGAACUCCAUGUUCUUUGAAUUAGGAAGCAGUACAUCUGUGACAAUCAUUUUCACCACCUUUACUUGCAUUCUUUAUACAAUUUGCUGUUAUGGUGUGGUUCUCAGAAAGCAGACAAAACACAACGACAAGGGUGGAUCUCUUUGUGCCAUAGAAGUAUUGACAAAAUUGAAUUUCAUCAUUACAUUUUAUUCUCUAACACAAAAAUGUUCAAUUGUGUCUUUAGGGAACAUUUUAUAUCCUGGAUUAAAAUUUAUAGUGAACUUUA